GAGACCACGUCGCCUUCGACCCUUCUCCGUCCUCCCGGAACGCCCGUCCCGUCCGUCCUCCCCCCAUCCACAUCCAUCCCGUGUGCUUCUACUGCUCCUCGAUUUGAUCACCGAUUAGGGGAGGCGGUUUACCAGUGAGCACGCGCGAGAGAUAGGAUAGGAGGAAAGGGAAGCUAGCGGCUUCGCUCUCGCGGGGAGAUGGCGCAGGCGGUGGAGGAGUGGUACCGGCAGAUGCCCAUCAUCACGCGCUCCUACCUCACCGCCGCUGUCGUCACCACCGUCGGCUGCACCCUCGAAAUCAUUUCGCCGUAUCACCUGUACCUUAACCCGAAGCUCGUGGUGCAGCACUACGAGAUUUGGCGCCUCGUCACUAACUUCCUCUACUUCCGCAAGAUGGAUUUGGAUUUUCUAUUCCACAUGUUCUUUCUUGCACGGUACUGCAAGCUUCUGGAGGAAAACUCAUUUAGAGGAAGAACUGCUGACUUUUUUUACAUGCUCUUGUUUGGUGCUACUGUCCUAACUGGCAUUGUUCUGAUCGGAGGGAUGAUACCUUACAUUUCUGAGACAUUUGCCAGAAUUCUGUUCUUGAGCAAUUCAUUGACAUUUAUGAUGGUUUAUGUCUGGAGCAAGCACAACCCUUUUAUCCAUAUGAGCUUUCUGGGCCUGUUUACCUUUACGGCUGCGUACUUACCAUGGGUUCUUUUGGGCUUCUCUAUCCUCGUUGGAAGCAGCACAUGGGUGGACCUCUUGGGUAUGAUUGCUGGACAUGUGUACUACUUCCUGGAAGAUGUAUACCCACGUAUGACUGGGCGUCGCCCCCUAAAGACACCGUCCUUCAUUAAGGCGCUAUUUGCUGAUGACAAUGUUGUGGUGGCACAGCCACCCAAUGCUGGGAUUGGUGCUGGUGCAAGGUUCGGUGCUAUUGGUGUAGAUCCCCAGGCUCAAUGAUGAAUUACUUUCAGUGACCUGAGGGCCGAGGCUGUGACUGAUCUGGGAUGCGGCAGUUUGUAUUCUCUGCGCAAAUUGCGGAACUGUACAAGCCAUUGUUCUUGUGUAUUUAUACAGGCUAGAUGAGAGUUAUUGUGCAUAACAAAAAGAUUAGUAGUAUCGGAGGCGGCUAAGUUUGUCACCUGUUGGCAGGGCCCGGAGGAAAAUGGAUCGUGAUGGGCAAACAGGCCAACCCCUGUUGCAGAAACUUGUUCAUGUGACGGUUUAACAUCUGACCUGCUACCCUUUCAUGCAUCGGUGAAUUUAGUCUAGGAAACUGUUUGAAGUGGGGAAAUUUGGUGCUUUGGCAGCGAGAAUUUGGAUGGAGCGCUGUAAUUGCAGAAUGGUGCAAGGAAUGACUCCUAACAUUGUGGACGCCUGGAUGGUGUUCGUUU